GUCUUUUUAACGCAUCAGUCAUCAAGCCUUCGACUAGUACUAGUAAUUCGGUAAACAUUAUGUAGUGAGUGAAUUUAAAGCCGCCAUCAAAAUGAAGCAUUAGAGUGAAGUUCCAGAAAUGAAACGAGAAAUGAAACGAGAGUUCUCAGUCUAAUCAAACAACUAAAAACCGUAUAAUCUUCAAACGGGAGUUGUUGGUGUUUGAUUGUUUCUCAAAACUAUGUGCUGUUUCACUAUAAAUAUCAAGGAUUUGUCUGCUGACUGUCACGCAGUCAAUUUAACUCCAUUAAGUCGUUAGUGCACAAAUUCACAACAGCAAUCAGCAAAGUCUGUUCUUCAAGACAGUUGUUAGUUUAUUAUUAAUAUGUUUACAGACAUGUUUACAAUGAAUGUAACUUUACUGAUGCUUUUAAAUUUAUCAAGCAUACUGUUAGAAGAAACUACUGAUAGCGAUAAAUCGAAAAAUCAAGACAUAUACGCCAAUUUCAUUGAUUAUCCGACUGGCUUCCUGCUUGGUUAUAAAUUCCAUCCUACAGAUGAAGAAUUGGCAUAUUAUUAUCUCUCAAAGAAGGUUGAAAAUAAGCUUGAUUCAACUGAGUCAUAUGUGAUUCAAGACAUUGAUGCAUCUGAGUUUUACAGCAAAGCCCCAGAUAAAUUAGAUUCCAAGUAUUACGAAAACAAGGAGCAGUUUUUCUUCAUUCAUCACCGGGCGAAACAACAUAAUCCAGUCGCCAAGAUCAGACCGGUUGCGGAUGGAACAGGAUUCUGGAAUUGGGAUGGCAACUCAAAGCCGAUCAGCAGCUCCCAGCAAUAUUACUGGAAGAGUAAUCUCGACACUGCAUUUUCUGCUAUUAAAUCAACUUUGAAUUAUUUUCGAGGUCAGCCAUCGCCAGCACCAUCUAUGACGUCAAAGAAACCAAAGAAAACUCACUGGUCAAUGGAACAAUAUGAUGUAGACUCUAAUAAAGUGGCGAAAGACAAGUGCGUUAUCGGGAGGCUUAAACGUGGACAGGUCUACUAUGACGAUGCUGCUUAA